UUUGCUGCGGCUGUCUUUCCAAGCUUGUAAAUGUCUGCUAGUUUUCUACAUCCAAGUUCUGGAUUUUUUUUGGCGAAAUCCAAAAACUUGAUCUUAUCAUCUAAUGAUAAAGUUUUCUUCGCUAGUUUACCAGCAAGCUGCUGCUUCGACAUUGCCAUGUUGAAUGUGCAUUAGAAAUUAAAAAUUCGAAAUUCUUUCCAGUUUAAAAUUUUACGCUGCAAUGUCUUCACGAUUCGAGUGCUAUUUUAAAGUUAAAGAAGCUGAAGAGAACACAGAUAUGUCGAACGUUCAACUAAAUGAGAUGCUUCUCAAAAACAUUGUCCAACAGAUUGAGAUUAUCCUUAUAAAACAGAAAGAAUAUCGCUUCGACUCGUUUAUCCGUGGAUACCAUGCUUACAUGGACAUAUGGAGCCCAAAAGUCGGAGAAGAGAAUUUUUGUUUAAAAGCGGAAGAAGAUAACGAACAUGACAAGUUUGCUGUAGCUGUUACAGAUGACGAUAAAGUAGUUGGGCACGUCCCUAAAAACCUUAGCAAACUAUUCAACAAAUUCAUGUCGCUUCCUAACUGUACCAUCGGAUGUAAAGUGACUGGGAAGCGAGUGAACCGUGGUGCUGGCUACGGACUAGAAAUUCCUGCCCAGUACCAAUUAAUUGGUGUUGAAAAGGCAGUUGAGUGGGCCGAGAAAAAUAUAAGGAAAGUGUUGGACUCGGUAAAUAACAAAAAUCAAAGAUGUACUAAGUAAAAUGGUUUAAAUUUUAAGAAAAAGUGACAUUUCAUCUCUUUAUUUUUCCAUUGUCCGCUUUAUAGGGAGUGUUUAUAAGGGAAACUGUCAUUUGGUGCAAAGAUUUUUUUCCGCUUUAUAGAGUGUCCGCUUUAUAAUCGUCCGCUUUAUAGAGAUUUUUUUAUGAGAGUUUGACCUAAAUUCUGCCGGUGCAAAAAUUUUUGUCCGCUUUAGAGGGCUGUCCGCUUUAUAGGGUGUCCGCUUUAGGGGGAUUCCACUGUAGUACAGUUAAGGCAUGUUGCAAACAAGGUCAGGAUAAGAGAGAAGUAUAUAAUGGACGCAAGAGAAUACAUUCACUUAAGUAUCAGUCUGUCGCAACACCAUCUCGGAUAAUAGCCAUACGUAAAAGUAAAGCUUCAGUCUGUGUUUAAUUCCGCCGCAUCAUCUGUUCACAACGGUCAUUUGAUUUUUGGUCUCGCUGAAUUUGAAAGGCCAAUUAUUCUUUUUUGAACGCAAGUUCCUCUUUCCUUAUUUUAGGGUACUAGAUUUUUCUUGAAUAUAAUUAACUGUAUCAGAGCCUGUUUCUUCUUCUUUUUGGGGGUAACUGCCUUCUCCAAGUCAUCUGACGACUUACUUUUACUCAUCUCUCCUAACCUUUGGAUUGAGCGUCUUCGAAUCGCAUCAGCAGACUUUCGUUCUUCUUGCAAAUGCUUUACUUUUUUCUCAGAUGCUGCGGAUUAUUUCGACUUUCCUCCAAUAAUUCAGAUACUUCUUCCAAAAGAGUGUCCAGUUCUGUCACCUAACACAGAAACUUUUUUAUAAAUGGUUGGGCAGAGGUAAAUAAAAAACAGAAAUAAUUUAACAAUAUUUUCCACUAAAAUUACAAAAUCAAAUGUUUAGUUUAUGCAUCAUGGGAAUGAUGACAAGAAAGGGAAUGUUUACCUCUGGAUCAAUGCCAGAAGCCUUUUCUUGAUAUGCUGUAUUUCUAACAUACUCUUUCAGGAGUUUGUUUAGAUGAUUUCUCAAAGAUCUUUGAUCGACCUUGAAAAGUGGCUUUGCUAUUCCAUUUAACUUGCAUGCUAUGAUUUCCCAACACUGGCCUUUUUCUCUAGAUCCAUCCUUGUACUAAAAUGGUUGGGUAACUAUCAGUUCACGACAAAACAACAUCGUGUUCUUCAGACCAUAGUGUGGAGGCAACUGUAACCCCGCUGGAUUUUUUUUAGAAGCAAUAUUUUGUGUUUUUCUGAUAUAUUAUUGCAUAAAUAUUCAAAAUUACCUUAAUGCCCAUUUUUAUUUUCACCUUUUACAGACCAGGCGGACAUAACAGGUAUAAAUCGCUUAUUUGUAUAUACUUUAUCACUAUAUGUGUAUAUUACAUGAAGGUUUAGCCACUUGUUGGUAACAUUAAAUGUAAUUUGACUAUGCUGCACAUGUUGUUAAAAGUUCAACUACAAAACCCAUGAUAUGAUCCCGGUCAGUAAAUUACUAAAUUUUACAUUUGGGUGCAAAUUUCAAACCACAUGAAAAAAACAAGACCUAUCAUCUAAUUGGUAUUGAAUAAAUGUCAGUUAUCAAUUCACUCAUCAUCGUCGCUUUCCAAUUCACUGUGAUUGUCUUUCCUUUCGCACUGGUUGUCACAAUUAGCGCGCAUUCACAUUUCAGUACAGAAAAGACCAUAACGCUGACACGUACAACGUCCAUUAACACACCCUUACUUGCAUUUACAGGAGCAAAUUUCUAUGGUAGCCUUAGGUCCUGGUGGUUUUUUGUUAAUACUGCUGGUAAAUUCCCAUCUUCCUCAUUCCAACCACAAGUUGUUGGAGAAUGCAAAGUAAGAUGGGUAUUUCGACAUUGUUUCCACACCAUGCACAUGUAGUGAUGUUCUGCCCGGAUAAUGAACAUUGGCCUGAUUAAGUACGGCAGCUUGCCCCGGUUAAGAACAGGGCAGAAAAUACAUAAUCAGGGCAACAUAAUCAGGACAGGCCGGCUUAUUACUCAAAAAAUAUUAUUUGGCACUUAUAAAAGGAACAUAAUCAGGGCAGGCCAGUUUAUAUACGACAGUGUAAUAUUAUUUCUCACUUAUUAUAGAACGAACAUAAUCGGGGCAGUCCGACUUAUGUAUGACAGUCAAAUAUUAUUCGACACUUAUAGAACGAACGUAAUCGGGGCCGACCGGCUUAUGUAUAACAGUGAAAUAUUAUUCGAGACUUAUAGAACGAACGUAAUCGGGGCGGACCGGUUUGUGUAUGACAUUUUUCUAUUAUUUCUCACUUAUUAUAGAACGAACGUAAUCGGGGCCGGCCGGCUUAUGUAUGACAGUGAAAUAUUAUUCGAGACUUAUAGAACGAACGUAAUCGGGGCCGACCGGCUUAUGUAUGACAUUUUUCUAUUAUUUCUCACUUAUUAUAGAACGCACAUAAUCGGGGAAGGCCGGCUUAUGUAUGACAGUCAAAUAUUAUUCGACACUUAUACAACGAACGUAAUCGGGGGCGAUCGGCUUUUAUAUCAUUCGUGACAAGCAAAUAGGAAAGUAUCGCAAAUGAAGCGAAAUUCGCAAUUUACGUGGAGCCUUUUUUUCUUUCGCCAGACAGGAUGUCUAGUUUCUUACAAAUUCGAAGAAAACGUUCGAAAAAACUUUCAUUUAAAUUUUUCAAUCGUCGGAGCUACACUAGUUUUAGCUAAUCCAUGGAAGUUCAUCGCCAAAAAUUUGAACAAUUUGCCCAGCGUUACACAGGCACUGGUAAAAGACCAACGAGUGGCACAAUAACAAGAGAGUUCGGGAAGAAAAUUUCCCAGAACUUAAAAAGCAAUGAGUCGGACAGUAGAAAGGGUACAGAAGCACGUCGCUUCAGAUUAUUGACCCAGAAGUUUAAGCUGAUAAACUGCGAAGAGCUGGGAAUGGUGGAUAUUUUGAUUGUGCCUUCACAAGAAGCUAAAAACCAUACAAGUAAUCAAUCGAUACCUGAAGGUUACUUAAGAGUGGCAUACGUAGAUGAAUUCUUUGACAUCAUACGCUCAAUUCACUGUAAUGAAUUAAAACACGCUGGUGUGAAAAAGACGUUCAAAAAGGUUUCAAGUUCAUUUUGGGGUAUCCCAAGAUCGGCUAUUGAAGAGUAUAUCAAUCUUUGCGAAACUUGCCACUUAAAACAGCCACAGAAGACUGUACCGCCAAUCAAACCUAUUAUAUCAAAUGGCUUCAUGAAACGCUUCCAAGUUGAUUUAAUAGACAUGAGUCAUAUGCAUGAUGGAGACUAUAAGUAUAUCCUUCAUUCCAUUGAUCAUUGGUCGAGAUUUAAUUUUCUUGCUGCCCUGGAGAGAAAGGAAAGCGCUCCAAUCACUGUUGAGUUGGAAAAAAUAUUUUCAUUGUUCGGACCACCAAAGAUCUUUCAUUCCGAUAACGGUUCAGAAUUUGUAAAUAAAUCAGUAGAUCAUCUUAUCGAAGCUUGGCCAGGGGAGAUUCAGGUGGUUCGUGGUCGUCCUCGCCAUCCACAGAGUCAAGGCAUGAUAGAACAGGCUCAUAUCAAUGUGGAGCAUAAAAUAUCAGUCAUGAUAGCUGAGUGUGCCAGUGAAACUAAACCUUGGAGCUCGUGGUUGCCACAAAUAUGUUGUAGGUUGAUAACAAUAGUUCCGAAAUGCAGAUCGAAUUGUCGUUACUUAUUUUUCAUUUUUUCAAUAGAUGCCAUCAGCACACAACAGCACAGCGCUACAGGAUUUACUCCGUACGAGCUGGUAUUUGGACAGUCACCAGCAACCACAAUCAUACCGACUGUUUCAAAACAGUCGAAGGUUAUCACUGAUUCGAACUUUGAUAACGAUGAAGACAUCGACUUUUUCUCCAUACCUGUUAAAGAACAAAUGAAUUACAAACGUCAUGCUGAACAGCCACACGAUGGCGAAGAGAAUACGAAUUCGAAGAACGUCACAAAUGAAGCACAUGUUAUUGAAGACGAUUGCGAAACUGGUUUUCUUGCAUAUAUUACAGCAUUGUCAACACUCCAACGACAUUGGACUCCACGAACAACAGCUUCUAAAAAGAUAAAAAGAACGAGAGAGGAGAUGGUUCAACGGUUUGAGAAAAACCAUUGCAGCAAAGUCAAUGCUUAUGAAGUUGGGGAUAAUGUCUCUGUUCGAGUCCCUAAAAGAGACCGCAGCAACACUCAUGCUUCACGCAUGCCAUGUGUGGUUAUCAGUGUUUCUGGUGACAAAGAGAGAUAUUAUCAACUGCUUACACAACAUGGCGUAUUGCACAAUAAAUACAGAUCUGGGGAUCUAGAAUUUUUCAGGGGAAAUUUCAACAUGGACCUUAAAAAUUCUGAUAAGUUCGUCAGCUUGAGGGAAGCAAAUCGCCUUCAAAAUGUAACAGAUAAUGUAGUGAGUCGAUGUGGUUGUAAGUCAGGAUGCAAAACAAACAUAUGUAAAUGCAUCAAAGAAAACGUCACAUGCAAUUUGAAAUGUCAUUCUGGCGUAAAAUGUGGAAAUCAAAAACCUGAAAACAUAGAACAAUUUUGCAUUAAGCUCCCAAUGUUUGGUGGAACUGUGAACCUAAAUGGACGAAACAUUACAUUCAACAACACUUGUACAUUGGACACAUGGUUUUCAAUAUUGAAAGUGACUUUCAACGAAUAUCCUAGAUUCUAUACACGAUUAUGUGAUGAAUCUUGUGACCAAAAUAAAGAAAUGCUCUGUUUACUAAAUGAUGCACAAUAUGAUGCUGCCAAGCAUCAUGUAGCAAUAGCACGUUCUUUACCUGAAAAAAAAUGA